UGACGGGUGUGGGCGGGGAGCGGCGGAGGGAGGAGGAGGUGCUGCUGGCCGCCUCCGUUGCCUCUGCUGCUGGGCGCCUGGGCAGCUCCCCGGCUUUUGCGGCAGCCAUGGACGAGCAGGCGGGUCCCGGCGUCUUCUUCAGCAACAACCACCCGGGCGCCGGCGGUGCCAAGGGGCUUGGGCCUCUGGCAGAAGCUGCCGCGGCCGGCGACGGGGCGGCUGCGGCGGGGGUGGCCCGAGCCCAGUACAGCCUCCCGGGGAUACUGCACUUCCUGCAGCACGAGUGGGCCCGCUUCGAGGUGGAGAGAGCCCAGUGGGAGGUGGAGCGGGCGGAGCUGCAGGCCCAGAUUGCCUUUCUUCAGGGAGAAAGGAAAGGUCAAGAAAAUCUGAAGAAAGAUCUGGUGAGGAGGAUCAAAAUGCUGGAAUAUGCUCUUAAACAGGAAAGAGCCAAAUACCACAAGUUGAAAUAUGGGACAGAAUUGAAUCAGGGAGAUAUGAAGCCUCCAAGCUAUGAUUCCGAUGAAGGUAAUGAAACAGAGGUGCAGCCACAACAAAAUAGCCAGUUAAUGUGGAAACAAGGUCGACAACUACUCAGACAGUAUCUACAGGAGGUGGGUUACACAGAUACUAUCCUAGAUGUGAAAUCUAAACGAGUGCGAGCUUUGUUGGGCUUUUCAAGUGAUGUCACUGACAGGGAAGAUGACAAAAAUCAGGACUCAAUUAUAAAUGGCACAGAGGCUGAAAUUAAAGAGACAGCAAUGAUUGGAAAAUCCGAGUUAACAGAUUCUGCCUCCGUACUGGAUAAUUUCAAAUUCCUUGAAAGCGCAGCUGUGGAUUUCAGUGAUGAAGAUGAGGAUGAUGAUAUUGAUGGAAGAGAAAAAAGCAUCGUUGACACUUCAACAAUUGUUAGGAAAAAAGUAUUGCCUGACAGCAGUGAAGAUAGAGAUACAAAAGAAGCUCUAAAGGAGUUUGACUUCUUGGUUACAUCAGAUGAAGGAGACAGUGAAUCUAGAAGUGCCGGUGAUGGAACAGAUUGGGAAAAGGAAGACCAGAGUCUCAUGCCUGAAGCCUGGAAUGUGGACCAGGGAGUAAUUACCAAACUCAAGGAGCAAUACAAAAAGGAGAGAAAGGGGAAAAAGGGGGUGAAGAGGCCCAAUAGGUCAAAACUACAAGAUAUGCUUGCUAAUUUGAGAGAUGUUGAUGAACUUCCCUCGUUGCAGCCAUCUGUGGGUUCACCUUCCAGACCCAGCAGUUCCAGGCUUCCUGAACAUGAAAUCAAUCGGGCAGAUGAAGUGGAAGCCUUAACAUUUCCUCCUUCUUCCGGGAAGUCGUUCAUCAUGGGAGCAGAUGAAGCCCUUGAAAGUGAGCUGGGACUUGGAGAAUUGGCAGGUCUUACUGUGGCCAAUGAAGCAGAUUCGCUAACUUAUGAUAUAGCAAACAAUAAAGAUGCAUUGAGGAAGACGUGGAAUCCGAAGUUUACAUUAAGAAGUCACUUUGAUGGCAUUCGAGCCCUUGCUUUCCACCCCAUUGAACCUGUUUUGAUAACAGCAUCAGAAGAUCACACAUUAAAAAUGUGGAAUUUACAGAAAACAGCCCCAGCCAAAAAGAGUACUUCUCUUGAUGUAGAGCCUAUCUAUACAUUCAGGGCUCAUAAGGGUCCAGUGCUGUGUGUGGUAAUGAGCAACAACGGUGAGCAGUGUUAUAGUGGAGGUACUGAUGGUCUGAUCCAGGGCUGGAAUACCACUAACCCCAACAUCGAUCCCUAUGACUCUUACGAUCCUUCUGUUUUAAGAGGUCCUCUUCUAGGCCACACAGAUGCGGUCUGGGGCUUGGCUUACAGCGCUGCACAUCACCGUUUAUUGUCCUGUUCAGCAGAUGGCACUCUGCGUUUAUGGAGCACAACUGAGAUUGCUCCAGCUCUGAGUGUAUUUAAUAAUAAUCAAGAAUUGGGAAUCCCUGCCUCGGUGGAUCUAGUGAGCAGUGACCCCAGCCAUAUGGUAGCAUCAUUCAGCAAAGGAUAUACAAGCAUCUUUAACAUGGAAACACAGCAACGCAUUCUCACUUUAGAAUCCAACCUAGACACAACCACUACUUCCUGCCAAAUUAAUAGAGUCAUCAGUCAUCCCACUCUUCCUAUCAGCAUCACUGCUCAUGAAGACAGACACAUCAAAUUCUUUGAUAACAAUACAGGCAAAUUGAUCCACUCGAUGGUAGCCCACUUAGAAGCUGUUACAAGUUUAGCAGUUGAUCCUAAUGGCCUGUACUUGAUGUCUGGCAGUCAUGACUGUUCAAUACGUUUAUGGAACCUAGAAAGUAAGACGUGUAUCCAAGAGUUCACAGCUCAUCGGAAAAAGUUUGAAGAAUCAAUUCAUGAUGUAGCUUUCCACCCAUCCAAAUGCUAUAUAGCUAGUGCUGGAGCAGAUGCGCUGGCUAAAGUCUUUGUAUGACACAGUGUAUCAUCUUCACCUUCUAGCUGUUUAUAAAUUAAUCAACUGCACAAAAGAGAUACAGAAGACCAGGGCAAGAGUCAGCUCGUCCUGCCCUUUUGUUCUGCUGAAGGAGCACAGAGAACGUUUGUUAAAGUACAGUUUUGCAAUUCGUAUACUGUUUUCUAAAACUGUUUGUUCAGGUUGCUGCAAGCUCAGCUGAAUUUGUGAACCUGAAAACUGUGUCAAAAUUUCCCCCAAAUAGGCGCUUUUGUCUGAGGUUGUUCCAAUUCGCUAGGCCAGCCUGAGCGAACACAAGGUUUCGUUUGUCCUUAUUCAGUAAAUAGGGCACUCUGUAUGUGAUAAUUAAAGAACUUGAUGGCUGGGGAUGAACAGAGGAAGAAUGGAAACUUAGACCUAGUUCUCCCUUGAGAAAUCUUGUUAAACACAUUAGGUAGGUCACAUAGUAAUCUGCCAUAUCUGCUGUACUAACCCUUUUGGCCUAUUAAAACAAGUUUUUAUUUAGCUCUCCUUUCAGCUGUUCACAUAAAGCCACUGGCAAAGCAGUUUACCUGUUGGGGGUAAAGACUGCAGUCAUUAUGUUAAAUAUAUUAUUAUUCAGAAAUGCUAAACAAAUAUUUAGUUUGCAGGCAGAUUUCUAUAUUAUAUUACGUUUUUGAAAAUAGAUUUGUACCAUUCUAAAGUUUAGCUGUCAGAUACUCACCACUUUGAAGAAUAGUUGAUAACAGUCUGCCUUUACUAAAGGAUUUAACUUAUUCAGCUUUGAGAUUCUGUUUAUUUUUAAGGACAAGCAGGGCAUAUCUCUGUAAUUCUAUUAAUUUUAAAAAACAACUUUUUUUCAUGUUUUAUUUAUAGUACCACAGUGAUUAUUUCAUGUCAUUGAAAUCUUACUUUUGAUGAUUGAAAAAGCAGAAGUUAUUUGCUAACUUGUGUUAUCAGCACCCACAUAACCAUGAUUCAGAUGAACUAUGUUCUUUCUUCUUUGUCUCUCAUAUUCAUAUUAUUUGGAACCUACCAAAAAUAAUUAAUAAUUAUUCUGUUUUAAUAGUCCAAAGAGUAAGGUUAACCUCAGCCAGCUGCUUUUGCAGAAGUACUAAAGCAAAUGUCUAGUACCCCAGAAAUCCUCUAUCGAUACCUCCAAGAAGAAGCUGCUCUUGGAAAUUAGGAGGGAAGAGUUCAGUGCAUAAUAUUGGCUCAAAGGUUUUUGUUCUCUCCCUCUCCCAUUAUUUUAAUUGGAAUAUAAAAUAUAUUUUAAUGAGCAGUGAAUCAAUAUUGUUUCUGGGGGAAAAAGGGUAUCCAAAAGGACCAGGCUUCACUGAACCCCCCUUGCCCGUGGCCACAUCUGGUCAGCUCUUGGGCUUCCUGCGAUCCUACCAUCUGGACCAAGUUCCGUGUCGUACAUACCCGAGCCCUACAACUGUCGCUCUUCUCAUACCCUUUUUCUUGUUUGCCUGAAAGGACAGAAGCCGAUCUAUAAGAUAGAAGUAAAUGAUGAAUGGCCAACUUUUCAUACAGUAGGCUCUCAAACUUAAAAAAAAGAAAUGUCCAUUUUUAACCCAUUAAAAUAAUUCCUACAUUCCUCUCCCCACGUAUUCCAUUGUCAUAGCAGUGACAUUUCUGAUAAUAUGUACAUCUAUGCCUUUACAUAUUCUGGUGGUGAUGUAGAUAAAAGUUGAUAAUAUUUCUUUAAAAUUUCUGCUUGUCUACAUCUUGAAAUUCUGCAGUAUACAGGCAAAUUUUCUUUUAAGCUAAACACCUGUGCUAAUUUGCCUGUUUGUUUUACAGUUAUGCUGUAGUAUUUUGACACAGCUAUCUUCUCAUUUCAUCUGUGCUUUGGUUAACAGUGGGCUCAAGAGACUCCUUUGUAUAAUAAGUUGAGUUGACCUAGAUAGGAGCUGUUGAGUGAAUGUUUACAUUCCCAUGCAGGUAUAGAAUUCCACAUUGUGUUACGUAAAUUGUUCUUUUGGUUCUUCACAGAGUAAAGGAAGGGUGCUAACCUAACAUUUGCAGAAGGAUACUGGGAAAUUCCAGUCAGGUGCCCUUCUUUGGUAUAUUUAUGAUGGAUGACCACAAAGCUAUUGUUCUACCAGUUAUUGCUUUAAUUACCUUCCAAGGUCUUCAGUGCCUGCUUUUGCUUAUGUCACUAAGUUCUCUAAACUAAGGCAUUGUCUUCCCCUAUUCAUUUUAUGCCUCAUGGUUGGAAUCCUUCUGUUAGUGAAUGGAAAAUAACCAUGAGAUGGCUAGACUGUAGCGUAAAUGAUGGAACUGUUGAAAGUUCCUAGAAAGCCAGUGCUGUGCCAUUGGAGACUGUGCACAGAAAGAGAGCAUCUUUUCCGCUAGAGCUGUAUGGUCUCAGCUUAGAAACGAGCCAAAGCUGUCUUCCAGUCAGACAGUGGUAUAUACACGUGUCUGACUUUUCCCCCAGCCUAUUGAAAAUUCACAUUACAAAAUGAACCAAUUCAAGAAUCAGUCAUUAAAAUGCUUUUUUCAUAUUACAUGAUUUGUAAAUAUUUUGGAUGACUCUAUUAGAAUACUAUGAAAAUCAGCAGGAAGUGUGGGUCCCUGCCUUAUUUUCAUAUGCUAUGGAUACAUCUCUGGGAGCUUGCAGCACCCUUCUCAAAACUCAGCUGUCAUAUGGAGCUCAUUUGCUUCUCAAACCAUGUUUAACGUAAGUGAUACAAUGACCUUCAGUAUUUUUCUAUUGAACAAGUUUAGCAAUUUUUGCCAUUAAACAGGUACUUAGUUAUGCAAAGUAUUUAGCUUUUAUAAUCAUUUUAGUAUGACUAAAGGGAAAAUUGAGUGGCAUCACUGAUAAUGAACUUUGUGAAAAUUUUUUGUUUAUCUGACUUUCAUUCCUUCAGUAUUCUUGCUAUAAAUUUCUUUUGGAGAUAAUUAUGGAGAUUUAUUUGAAAAUGUCUAAAAUGUAUGUAUAUUUUA